GGUCGUAAACUCGUAAUAUUUUGCUUUGCCUGUUCCGCUUUCAUCUCUCUCUCUCUCUCUCUCUCUCGCCCUCGCCCACCCGCCAUAGAAAUGCUUCACAAUGUUCCUUAAGCUCUCCCCAUCACUCUUCUCAUGCCUCAUCUUGCUAACCUUCACAGUCCUGUACCUAUCCUCUAGGCUUCUCUCUGUCUACACUCACUCUUCUUCUCCAAAAGCCCACACCUCUGCUUCGUUCGCCUCCCCCUGCAAUCUCUUUAAUGGCAAUUGGGUCCAAGACCCUCAUCGCAGAGCUAUCUACGACGAGACCUGUCCCUUCCACCGCAACGCCUGGAAUUGCCUUAGGAACAAGAGGGACAACAUGGGUAUGAUUAAUUCUUGGAAGUGGGUGCCCCGAAACUGUGAUUUGCCUCGGAUCGAUCCGUCAGGAUUUUUGAGUCUGAUGAGGAAUCGGAGAAUUGGGUUUGUUGGUGACUCGUUGAAUGAGAAUUUUCUGGUCUCGUUCUUGUGUAUUCUUAGGGUGGGUGAUUCGGGUGCUAAGAAGUGGAAGAAGAAGGGGGCUUGGAGGGGAGCUUACUUCCCUAAGUUCAAUGUUACGGUGGCAUACCAUCGCGCUGUGUUGCUUGCCAAAUACAAGUGGCAGCCAAAACAGACGGUUUUCUCUAAUCAAGAUGGCUUGAAAGGAAUAUAUCGAGUUGAUGCUGAUAUUCCUGCAGAUGAUUGGGCUGACAUCACCAAUUUUUACGAUGUGCUAGUUUUCAAUACUGGCCACUGGUGGGGCUAUGACAAAUUCCCAAAAGAAACACCCCUUGUUUUCUACAGAGCAGGACAGCCAAUACUUCCUUCCCUUGAGAUGUUAGAUGGACUUAAAACUGUGCUGGACAAUAUGGUCUCGUACAUAGAAAAUAAUGUCCCAAGUAAGACACUUAAGUUCUGGCGUUUACAAUCACCAAGACACUUUUAUGGUGGAGAUUGGAAUCAAAAUGGUAGUUGCGUCUUUGAUGAGCCUCUUGCAGAACACCAGCUUGAUUUUUGGUUUGAUCCCAGCAAAAAUGGAGUGAAUAAAGAAGCAAGACAAAUCAACCAUUUGAUUGAAAAUGCAUUACAAGGCACGAAUAUUCAAUUGCUUGAUCUUACGCAUUUGAGUGAGUUCAGAGCAGAUGCCCAUCCAGCGAUCUGGUUAGGAAAGAAGGAUGCAGUGGCAACCUGGGGUCAGGAUUGCAUGCACUGGUGCCUACCUGGUGUCCCAGAUAUAUGGGUCGACAUUUUGUCAGAGUUGAUUCGCUCUAGUUUGCCAGCAAGGUGAUGAAUGGAUUAAUAGAAAUGGUUGAUGGGUGGUGGAGAAAAUGAAUAUGAUUUGAGUUUUAUCAUGUAUUUGUUUUGAUGAAGGAUGUGAAGGGGGUGGCAGAGCUUGAUCACAUAUCCAUUAUGCAACAGAAGGAUCCCACUAUAAAUCAUCAAGAUUCUUCCCAUCUAAAAAGUGUGGGAUAAGAUAUGGGGACUUCUGCUAUUGCAAAUGUACAACCUUACUGCGACACAGGUGGCUAGUGUCCCGUGGAAUUUUGUAGGUAGUGGUCUUUGGAUGAGAAAUUUUAUGCCUUGCAAUCCUUUCUUUCUUUCUUUCUUUUUUUAUUUUUUAUUUAGUGUCCCGUGGAAUUUUGUAGGUAGUGGUCUUUGGAUGAGAAAUUUUAUGCCUUGCAAUCCUUUCUUUC